AUGUCAGUAGCAGUCGUCACUCCCACUUCACCUCGCGCACCAACUCCCGAAUACCUAGAUCCAAUAUUACAUCAACCCACUCUGAACUCAUUAUCCAACGAAGAUCCUUCAUCAUCGUCUUCAAAUCCACUGAACGAAUUCGCACAACAAGUGCUGGGAUCAGAAUCGGAAGAUGCGCAUAAUCUGUUGGAUCUGAGAGGAGGUUAUUCGAUUAUAGGAGAGGAACAAACAUUUAAUGAUUUAUUACAAAAUGAAGAAAGGAGAGAAGCUCAAAAUAAACUACAAAGUCAACAAGAUAUGGAGAAUAGUGGUGAUAACGAUGACGAUGACAAUAACCAUAAUCACGAUCAUGAUUUACACAACGCUCUAAUUGAUAAUGACGACAGUAUACAUAUCGACGGCGACGGUGAUGAGCCCACAUCGAGUUCUAACAAUAACGGAAAUACACGACCGCAAUAUCGAUUACCUACAUUAGAGACAACAGAAGAGAUAAGGAUAGAUGAGAAUGGUAACGAAAUAAGAGAAACCACUUUACAUCGUGUCAAUCUGCUUUAUGGUGGUAGAAUAGGUAAAAGGAAAAGAUUAGGCACUACAACAGGUAAUUCCAUUGGUGGAGGGACUGCCGGUGAAGAGAUCACAACGGAUGCAGAUGGUAAUCCAGUUGAGCCUCAUGAAAUCGUAAGAUUGAAGAAGGACAGUCAUAAAGAAGUUGAACGUCGACGUAGAGAAAACAUAAAUGACGGAAUCAACGAAAUCGCACAACUCAUUCCUGGAGGAACGGACAAACAGGGCAAAUCAGCCUUAUUAAAGCGGGCAGCCCAGUAUUUGGUGGAAUUGAGUGAGAAGGUCAGAGUAGGAGACGAAGAGAUUACAAAGCGGGAUAUAGAAAAGCAGGAUUUGGAGGCCCAAUUAGCUCAAUCACAAUUACAACUGCAAGAGGAGCGUGAACGCUCAAUGACAUUCGAAACUUCGUGGCGAGAAGCAGAAGAUAGAACUGCUAGUUCAAAUUUCGAGUUGGAACGUCUAAAAGCUGAAUUGGAGGAAUUAAGAGGUGUUCAAGGCUGA